UCAGAAGUCGUGCUCCGCUGGUGACUCGGAUGAGGGGGGGGUGAAGGAGCAGGCGCAAAAUGGCGUUUAUGAUGCCGGGAGGACACAGAGGGUGAUGACGGAAGGAUGCUUUUCUGAUUGGAAGCCUGUGACAAACAAUGUCCCCCAGGGAUCAGUGCCAGGACCUUCGAUGUUUGUGAUUCUAUUAACAAUUUGGAUGUGAAUGUCGGAGAAUCAUCGAUAAAGAAGGGUUUGAAGAAGGGUAUCGAGGCAAAAAGUCACCUAUUCCUUUUCUCCAGGGAUGCUGCCUGAUCCGCUGAGUUACUCCAGCAUUUUGUGUCCAUCCGCAAGCAAUGUCCAGUGAGCCAGUAAAGAUUUGGACAAGUCACGCAGCACAGUCUGUGUUGCUGUCAUAACGCAUUACUCAAUCUCGGUCUACAUUUUUUCCAGCACCAGUUUUGAAACUGCUGAUUUUUUUGCAGAUUUGAUCAUCUCCUUCAGUUGGCCAUUUUCGCAUCAAACUGUCUUUGGAGAAAGUCAUCAAGAGAUGCCCAACAUAUGGGCUGAAGUAAUGGCAGUUUUGCCACCCAAAUUAGAGGACAUCAACUUGAAGUUCAACAAAAUAGUGAGCGAGAGUCUUAUUUUCUUACUAAAGCAGGCAGCAAUGUUACUGUAUGAAGGUCAGGACAUUGCCGAAUGCCUGCAGAUGAGUCAGACUAUUAUAGACUACUCCUGGGAGAAGCUCAACGUUGGAACUUGGAAGGACGUGGACAAGGAGUGGAGGAGAGUCUUUUCAUAUGGCUGUCUCUUUAAGGCUGUGUGCCUGUGCAAGGAUGGAUCAGCAUUUAGAGAAGCAAUAGAAACAUGUGACAAAGGGUUGUUGAUGGGAAUGGCCAUAAUGGACAACAUCCUCAUCAGACUGGUUAAAGUCCUUCAGAAUCACAAUAAACCUAAGAAGAGAUCUCUAGAAGAUGUUGGAUCACAUCAGAAUUCCUGCCAAAAGAGACUGCAGGCUGCUCUCCCUUUGAUAAAGGAGAUCCAAACUGGAAUGGAAGUUCCAAGGGUCCAUUGCCCUUCACUGGAACGUUUCCGAGCUCAGCAUCUCAUUCCGCACAAGCCUGUCAUACUGCAGGGCAUUGUUGAUCAUUGGCCUGCUGUGAAGGACUCCAAAUGGAGUGUGGAAUACAUCCGAGAGAUUGCAGGCUGCCGCACUGUCCCCGUGGAACUGGGCUCUCGUUACACAGAUGAGGCAUGGUCCCAGACUCUGAUGACUGUGGGCGAGUUCAUUGACAAGUACAUACUGCAUCAGGAGGAGGGGAACCCCAUUGGAUAUCUAGCUCAGCAUCAGCUGUUUGAGCAGAUCCCAGAGUUGAGGCAGGAUAUCCACAUACCAGAUUACUGCUGUCUUGGUGACAAGGAUGAAGAUGAGAUCACCAUUAACGCCUGGUUUGGGCCAACGGGAACGGUUUCUCCUCUGCACCAGGAUCCACAGCACAAUUUUCUGACACAGGUGGUGGGACAGAAAUACAUCCGCCUGUAUUCGCCAGAAGAAACCCCAAAGCUGUAUCCCCACCCAACACAUCUUCUACACAACACCAGCCAGGUGGAUGUGGAAAAUCCAGACUUGGCGAAUUACCCAGAGUUUGAAUUGGGUAAUUUCCAGGAAUGCAUCCUGAACCCAGGAGAAGUCCUUUUCAUCCCAGUGAAAUACUGGCAUUAUGUAAGGUCUUUGAAUAUCAGCUUCUCCGUCAGUUUCUGGUGGUCCUGAUUGUUGCUCGUAGAAUGUAAAACAUCGAGCUGUGUGAGAAUGCAUGUGAAUUCUAAAGCCAUAGGUGGAUACAUCAGCAAUUGACCUGACAUGGGAAGAGAUGCAGAGACUUAGGAAGAGAUUGAAAAGAACAAAGCUGGGUGGGAUCUGCAGAAAGUUGCAUGGCCAGUGAGUAAAAGGUGGCGACAUGCAGAGUUUUGACCAUUACUGUGCCAGAAAUCACAAUUUCCCUGUGCAGCAGCUAAAGCUUCCACAUUAUACUGCAGUUCAUUAUCGGGAGCAACUCAAUUGCAAUGCAGCUGACCCCAUGGGUGGAGAUUUCUACACGACUAACUAUGUUCAGUCCCACCUCCAGGCAGCUGCUAGUUCAGAUUGAAUAAGGAAGACGGGCAAACUCAAAGACUUUGAGACACUUU